UACGUGCGUUAGCUUGGGUCAGAUAGAGAAAUUGCCGCCAUCAUGAUGAACAGCGGUGGAAUCGGGGUCCCCCUCGGCUUUCCUUUAACUCCAACUUCGGUUAUUCAGGUCACUAAUUUGUCUUCCGCGGUUACUAGUGAGCAGAUGCGGACGCUCUUCGGUUUCUUAGGUGACAUUGAGGAGUUACGCCUUUACCCUCCGGACAAUGCACCGCUUGCUUUUUCUUCCAAAGUAUGUUAUAUUAAGUUUCGGGAGUCUUCAAGUGUUGGUGUGGCCCAGCAUCUAACAAACACAGUUUUUAUUGACAGAGCUCUGAUAGUUGUACCCUGUGCAGAAGGUAAAAUUCCAGAUGAAGCCAAAGCCCUCUCUCUCUUGGCUCCUGCUCCAACAAUAACAAGUCUGAUUCCUGGUGGAGGGUUGCUUCCUAUACCAACGCCUCCUGUGAGUUCAAUAGGAAUUUCCCUUGGUCCACUAGGAGCUAUACCAGCAACAGCAUUGGAUCAUAACAUUACAGCUAUUGGAGACAUACCCCAGCCACCCAUUAUGGGCAAUGUAGAUCCUUCCAAGAUUGAUGAAAUUAGAAGGACUGUGUAUGUGGGAAACCUGAAUUCCCAGACUACAACAGCUGAUCAGUUGCUUGAGUUUUUCAAGCAAGUUGGAGAAGUGAAGUUUGUGCGGAUGGCAGGUGACGAAACCCAGCCAACACGCUUUGCCUUUGUGGAAUUUGCUGACCAGAAUUCUGUACCUAGAGCUCUUGCCUUUAAUGGAGUUGUGUUUGGAGACAGACCAUUGAAAAUAAACCACUCCAAUAAUGCAAUAGUGAAGCCACCUGAAAUGACACCACAAGCUGCUGCAAAGGAGUUGGAGGAAGUGAUGAAGAGAGUACGGGAAGCUCAGUCUUUUAUAUCAGCUGCUAUUGAGCCAGAGUCUGGAAAGAGCAGUGAAAGAAAAGAUGGUCGAUCGCGUUCCCAUUCACGUUCAGAAUCCAGAUCUAGUUCAAAAUCUCGAAGGAAAAGAUCACAGUCAAAACGCAGGAGUAGAUCCCGUGAAAGAUCACGUUCUAGUCAAAAGGACAGACGCAGAUCCAAAAGUCCACCCAAAAAGCGUUCAAAGUCUAAAGAACGCCGAAGAUCAAGAAGCAGCUCUCCUUCUCGGGAGAAGAGGAAAGAAAGCAAAGAGAGGAUUAGAGAAAAAGAAAAGAUUAGAGAGAGAGACAGAGAUAAAGAAAAAGAAAAAGAAAAAGAAAAAGAGAAGGACAGAGUUCGAGAAAAGGAUAGGGGCAGGGAAAAAGAUAGAGGCAGAGAAAAGGAUAGAGGGAGAGAGAGGGAGAAGACCAAGGAUAGAGAGAAGGACCGAAUGAAAGAUAGGGAUAAGGAGCGAGAAAAAGACAAAGAGAAGGAGAAAGAAAAAGAGAAGGAGAAAGCAGCAGAUAUGAAAAAAGAUAAAAGAGAAGAUUUGGACAAAGAAGUGGAAAAGGAGAGAGAGACAGAAGGAGACAAAGAGAAGGAUGACAAAGAACAUGUCAGAGAAAAGGAGGAAGAAAAAGAGAAAGGAAAGGAGGGAGAAAAGGACCAUGAAAGAGAUAAAGAAGGGGAGAAAGCAAAAGCAAAAGACAAAGAAAGAGAUCGAGACAGAGACAGAGAAAGAGAUGAAAAAAAGAAAAAGGAGAAGAGAUCUAAAACACCCCCUAGAAGCUAUAGUUCCUCAAGAAGAUCACGUAGUUCUAGCAGAGAUCGAAGGAAGAGGAAGAGCCGAAGUCCUUCAAAGUCUCCCAGAUCCUCCAAAAUCACAAAAAGGAAAUCAUCUCGGUCUCCAUCUCCAAGGAGAAGCAAGAAAGACAAAAAGACAGAGAAGGAGAGAGAUGUAAGUAAUGAUCGAAGAAGAGAGAGGGAGAGGUCUACUUCAAAGCAAAAGAGUAGUAAAGACAAAGAGGUCAAAGAGAAAUCAGAUAAAACCACAAUUAUGAAGGAUAAAGAUUUCAGUAAAGAGAAUCAAAAUUCUGAAAUCAAUAAAGCAGCAGAGGAAGAGGAGACAACAAUUGCAGCAGAAAUUGAACAACAGAAUGGGAACUGCCAACCAAAUGAAGAAACAAUCUCAAUUAAAACUGAAGAUGUGUAGAAUGUUGAAUGGACAUUUGACCAAUUUUGCAAAAGAAAUACAAAACUUUUUGUCUGAUCUCCAAAAUACAUCAAAAGAGGAUAAAAAAAUAUUAAGCAAUCAACUGGACAUAGCAAAUUCUGCUAGCAGCAAUUUCAGUCUUGGUGGUUUGGUCAGCUUGAGGACUGACAAGAAGCAGGACUGACCAAUAGGAUAUGCUGUGACAAAAGCAAACAGCAAUGGUCAAAUCUUCCAAAAUAAAUGUAUUUCAUUGAUAAUAAAAUACUAGGUGGUUGCAGCCUGUACUAUCCUGAAAAGCUACCAAGGGGAUGCAUUUGGAAGUUGUUAAAAUAUUUGUAGAUUGAUAAAUUUUGUUUUUCUUAUGGUUUUAAAACUAAACUCCAUGUGAUAUGUUUUGAUGAUGUGCUUGAAAAUGGUGCAGAAAUAAACAUACUUCCCUUGA